AUGUUCCUUGGACUUGCAGCGAUGUUCGCACUCAUCAUCUGGGCGCCAUCCGUGUUCGGCGUUCCCGCGGGACAGAAGGAUGGGCUGAACCCCUAUGCGGAUGGGAGGACCCUCAGCGCGAAUGGAGACAAGUUCAAGAUUGUCCUCUUCUCUGAUCUUCACUAUGGCGAGCGGGGCACGAACAAUUCCUGGGUCAAGUGGGCUGACGAGGCCGAUGCCAAGAGCACCGAAGUAAUGCGCAAGGCGCUCGCUGACGAGCACCCCGACUUUGUCGUCUACGGUGGAGACCAAGUCACGGGCGAGAACACUUUCUACAACGUGACCGGCCACCAGAACCACCUUCUGCAGCCCGUGCUCGAGACCAAGACACGCUUCUGCAGCAUCUUCGGAAACCACGACGAGAGCUACAACGUGAGCCACAUCAGCUCGUAUCUGCACGAGAAGGACGUCGCGCCCGAGCUCUCCUGGACGCAGCGUGUUGUCGAAAGCGCCGCGGACCCCAAGGGGCAGUUCAACUACUUCAUCCCCCUCUGGGCCGACAAGAGCCAGGCACCCGCCGCCGUGCUCUGGUUCUUCGAUUCGCGCAGCGGAGUGCACUACUCUGGCGAGUUUGGGAUCAAGAAUGAGCCGUGGCUUGCACUGGAUUGGGUCGACCCACAGGCCGCGACAUGGAUCAACAACACGGCCGACGCCAUGCGCAAAGAGUGGGGCACACUUCCGCCCGCCCUCGUGUUCGUGCACAUCCCGCCCGUCCUCGCCACGCCUAUCUCGAAGGAAGUCGCGGAGCGUCCGGACGACUUCCCGGGAAUCAACUUUGACCCCAAGCCUGACACGCAGGGUGAUGCCAAGGGCAAGUUCUGGCACCGCACCGACCCCAGCCACCCCUGGUGGGCGGCUGUGAGCGGCACACUCGGCGCCGACGAUGGCCUCCUCGGCGUCAUCUCGGGCCACGAUCACGGAGACGACUGGUGCGGCCGCGCCGAGUCUGCAGGCCCGUACACAUUCUGCUAUGCGCGGCACACGGGCUACGGAGGGUACGGCACUUGGGCGCGUGGCUCGCGUGUGUUCGAGUUUAGCACUAAGGGUGGUGCUCUCGACGGCCUCCGGACCUGGAUCAGGAUGGAGGACCACAGUGCCGCGAACACGACGACGCUCGCUGAAGGCGGAAAGGCGGUGCUGAGAAACUCGAGGGAUGCGCCGUGA